AUGCUGAGGGAGGAACUGUUGGGAGACCUUCAUGCGGAUAUUCCUGGGUUUUAUGCCGCUUAUUUUGAUGAUAUUGAGGGGCUCAGAUCGACCGCGCAGACCGUGUUUGAGAACUGCAAGUCUGGUGACAGUCCCAUCUACAGCGAGGAGAGUGGAUGGAAGGAUUGGCCUAGCAAUGCAGAUGAGAAGCCUGUACUGGACUGGCUAACUGAAACCAUCAACCAGCUUGUGCAGUUUGCGGAAGAUCACAAUCCAACUAGAACAGUCGUCCGCAGGCCAUUGGCCCAGCCUGCUCAGCCGAUUGCCGGAUCCAUCGCAAAGCGAAACUCGACAUUGGAUUUGUGGAUGAUCCGGGUCACCACCACAGGACAAACAGUGGCAAGUGGUCACAGAUCCUGGUGCCGGGAGAACUGA